GAAUGUUGAUUUUUGUCUAGGAAUUCUAGGUAAUAUUGUGCAACAUUCCAAAUGGCAGGAACUCUGAUUCGAAUAUCAAAUUUAGGGAAAAUCCAAGUCAGAUCAGUUUUACCUUCAGUGAACCAUGUACAGAUCGCUUUCUAUUCGGGACCACCGCCUGGUACUCCGCCACCGCAAACCAAAACUACCUUUGGCCCUUUGGCAGAUGAAGACAGGAUUUUCACCAACUUGUAUGGCAGGCAUGAUUGGAGACUGAAGCCAUCCAUGAAACGUGGGGAUUGGUACAAGACCAAGGAAAUAUUGCUCAAGGGAUCUGACUGGAUUAUAAACGAAGUCAAAGUAUCCGGUCUCCGAGGCCGCGGGGGCGCCGGCUUUCCCUCCGGCAUGAAGUGGUCUUUCAUGAACAAACCCAGCGACGGCCGGCCCAAGUAUCUCGUCGUCAACGCGGACGAGGGGGAGCCGGGCACGUGCAAAGACAGGGAGAUCAUGCGCCACGACCCGCACAAGCUGGUCGAAGGCUGCCUGAUCGCCGGCAGGGCGAUGGGAGCCAAGGCGGCGUACAUCUACAUCAGGGGGGAGUUUUACAACGAGGCGUCCAACAUGCAAGUCGCUAUCGCCGAGGCGUACCAGGCCGGCUUCCUCGGCAAAGACGCCUGCGGCUCCGGCUAUGACUUCGACGUGUUCAUGCACCGCGGCGCAGGCGCGUACAUAUGCGGCGAGGAGACCGCCCUCAUCGAGUCGAUCGAGGGCAAGCAGGGCAAGCCGCGCCUCAAGCCGCCCUUCCCCGCCGACGUGGGCGUGUUCGGCUGCCCCACCACCGUGACCAACGUCGAGACGGUGGCCGUCGCACCGACGAUAUGCCGCCGUGGGGGCACGUGGUUCGCCUCGUUCGGGCGCACCAGGAACUCCGGCACCAAGCUGUUCAACAUCAGCGGUCACGUGAACAGACCGUGCACGGUGGAGGAGGAGAUGAGCAUCCCCCUCAAGCAGCUGAUCGAGCUGCACGCGGGAGGGGUGCAAGGGGGCUGGGACAACCUGUUGGCCAUCAUACCGGGCGGAUCGUCGACGCCUUUAAUACCCAAAAAGGUCUGCGAAGAAGCCUUGAUGGAUUUCGACGGUCUUGUGGCAUGCCAGACUAGUUUGGGUACCGCAGCCAUAAUCGUGAUGAACAAACAAACGGAUAUUGUGAAGGCUAUCGCCAGGCUGAUCAUGUUUUACAAACACGAAUCAUGCGGACAGUGCACACCAUGCAGAGAAGGCGUGAACUGGAUGAACAAGAUGAUGUACCGCUUCGUGGACGGCAACGCGAGACCCGAAGAGAUCGACAUGCUGUGGGAGAUCAGCAAGCAGGUCGAAGGCCACUCGAUCUGCGCAUUAGCGGACGGCGCAGCCUGGCCCGUGCAGGGCCUCAUACGUCACUUCCGGCCCGAGCUGGAAGAGCGCAUGGCGAAGUUCCACGAGGCGAGGACGAGCGCCAGGGCUUGCAAUUAGGGGCUAGAGAGUGUGUUUAUUCUUGCUCUAGCGUUAUUAUCUCUAAGAACGUUUAAAGUCAGUUAUUUAUAUCCGAAUUUUCUUUACCUACGGUGAUUGUGGAAAAUAUUGACCAGGAAAUGGUGACAGGUGACGUUGACAGGUUACGUUUUCCCAUUUCACACUGCAUGCCUUCUCAAGGCUUUAUAGUCGAGAUGAGUCGCCAUUUGUAUAGUGCUAUUGAUUAUUACUCCAACACCAGAAUCAACACCAGUGUUCUAAUGGUGGAAUCGAGGUAGAAAUUGAAAAUCAUCAGGAAAAAGUACAUGUAAAAUCAUAUUCUUACCGAUGCCUUCCAAAAUAAAAUUCGACCAUUCUU